UCCAUUAUCACUAUUUAUGAUACUUAAUGUCAUCAGUCACUAAGAUCACUAAAUUGGUGAAUGCAGAACUUUUGUCCCUAGGGGAAAUACCUAGUUAGAUCCUUUCAGAUUCUGCUUGCAACAUUCUUACUAACUCACCUUUCAGGAUAGUGUUUCUGUUUAAAGACCCUCAUUUAAUACAUGUUGCUGAUGACCACCAUCAUGCUCACAGCCAGUGGCAGUGAACUUGGCCUGAAUGAGCUCAUCAUCUCCAUUGAGUUCAUCGUUUCCAUUGAGCUCCUCAUCACUGUUGAGCUCAUCAUACCCUCCAGCACCCUUGGGCACUGUACAGCACUUUAGCUGUGGAGCUGGGGACAGCAUUAAACAGAAAAAGCACUUACAAAACACAUAAAACUGCAAAACAAGUGGCACAUUCAUUAGGCUACAGGAAAGACAUUUGUUUACAGAAUAUCGAGAAGGACAAGAGGGGAGGACCAGGCCAUGUUUGCCCUCAACUGAGCUACAAGUCAGCAACUUCUGUGUUUCCAUACCUUGCAUGUGUCUGUAUCUGGCUGCAACAGCCCCUCGGGCACCCCGUCCCUUGGUUACCGAUACAUUUCAGCAAGUACGUGAAUUUGCAAAUACAAAAUCUACACAAUCGAGGUUCAUGAUAGAAACAGCUCUGUAAUUUAAGGUAACUUCACAUCUUUUCUUGUAACACAUUCAGUGGCAUUGUUGAAAACAGCAGGGAAAUUAAAACUUAUCUGCCAAUUUCUAUGCAAAACAGAUGCCUUCAAGGAGCUCAUGGUCCAUUGGGGGCCACAACCAAGGGAGAAGAGAAAUGAAAGACGACACUCAAUGUCUCCUCAAGAACUUGGAGCCCAAUGCACAGAGCCCCUCAGAAGCUGGCUCCCCAUCGUCAAGGAGGAGGAAGAGAGAAACGCAGGUGCCCCAGGAUGGGGAGGCUGUGGAGGAACGUGAGCCUUCUUUCAACAGCAACGUCGCAGCAUUUGCGCUGAAGGCCAAGGUCAUUUACCCCAUCAAUCAGAAGUUCCGGCCCCUGGCUGACGGCUCCUCCAACCCGUCCCUGCACGAGACCCUGAAGCCAGCGGCCCUGCCACACCAGCCGGGGGGACCCUCGCCAUCCAGCAGCCUGGGCAGCCUGAGCCCAGCCGAGAAGGAAGACUGCAGCUCCUCCUGCAGCGCCCGCUCUGCUGCCAGUGAGGACAGACUGCUGUGCCGCGCCUUCCUGAGGGCAAACAGCUUCCCUGAGGUGCUGGCCUGCGAGAGAUCUGGCACUGAGCAACUCCUGGCUCCUCCCCAAAGUCAAAUGAAAGGGAAAUGUUUUGAAUCCACUCAAGACAUGAAGGCAGUCAGGACAGCGCAACUGAAGACACUCGCAGAACAGGACUCCAGAGCUGCUGCUGCCGGGAUGAGUGUGUUUGAAAUGUUUAUUCAGAUUUUUAAAAUGUGCCUCCUGGACCUUCUUCCGAAGAAGAAGUCAGAUGAUGAAUUGCACCAAAAGAUCCUUUCAGAACAAGAACAUGAUUUGGAGGAAUUAGAGAAGGGACUUCAGAUCAAGCUGUCAAACACGGAAGUGCUGGGCACCAGCGACUCGGAGUACAUCACGCUGGCAGAUGUGGAGAAGAAGGAGAGGGGGUACUCGGAGCAGCUCGUGGACAACAUGGAAGCCUUCUGGAAACAGAUGGAAAACAUCCAGCACUUUCUUGUGGACCAAUUUAAAUGUUCCAGCGCCAAGGCACGGCAGCUCACGAUGACUCUGACGGAAAGAAUGGCUGUGGCCGAAGAGCUCCUGCGCCAGUCUCAGGAUCUGCAGACUCUGGACACCCUGGAGAGGACGCUGGGCCGGGUGCACAUGGCCAAGCUGAUCGCGUGCCUGCUGACGCAGAUCCAGGAGGAGACCAAGUGCCGCUUGGCCGCCAUGUCCCGAAGCCUGGACCUGCUGGCCGUGCAGGGGACGCUGUCUGGGCGGCAGAAGGAGGAGCUGCUGGCCCAGCAGCACAAGGCCUUCUGGGAGGAGGCAGAGCACUUCGGCCGAGAGUUCCUCCAGCGCAGCAAAGACCUAGCCCAGGCAUCUCUGGCUCGCCAGGUAGAGGGGGCAGCCAGGCUCACACUGGCCCACGAGGAGGAACGGAGGAGCUUCCUGGCCAGUUCCCUGCCGACCCAGGACCCAGAGGGGUUCCUCAAGGCUUUCCACGAAGUCCUGGAGCGGCAGCAGCUGACGCAGAGGGACCUGGAGGAGCAGGAGGAGGUGAGAGCCACUGAGGCUGCAGCUGCACUCUGCCAGGAACUGUACUGCAGCACCAUGGACACCUUCCAGUGGAUGGCAGACACCCUGUUCCUGCAGACGCUCCCGGGGGUCAGCGGCCUCCCCAAGACAGAGUGCAAGGCCCUGCAGCAGGCGACGCAGGAGGAGGCAGCUCGGCAGCUGGGCCACUUGGACCGUUUCCGGAGACAGCAAUGGGGCCUCCUGCAGGACCUCCUGGAGCAAGACAGGCAGAGGCUGACACUACAAUGCUUAAUACCCAGGAUGCUUUGCAGUUGGCAGCAGCCAAAUGACACAGCUCUGACCCAUGAGACAUAGUGUGGUAACUGCAGAAGAUUCCUCAUUCCUGAUGGCGCAGCUAUGCCUUGUGAGCAGCACUACUAUAUCCCAGAGCCCUGCUCUUCCCGCCUAGAAUGUGUGUUCCAUCCUUGCCUGACUUAGACUCAGUCAGCCGAACACACCGGAGCACACAGACAGCCAGAGUUGCAAGAAAGUGGGGAAAGAGCCGCUGCGCCUGCCAUGGCCCACCCACUCCUAGGUGCCUAUUGUGUGGCUGGAGGAGAGCGCGCUGUCCGCGGUGCUGCAGGCCCAGCUGCGCGAGGAGCAGGAC